AUGGCACUGUACCCGUUAGAAUCGAAACAGAAGCAGCAGCAGCAGCAGCAGCAGCAGCAGCAGCAGCAGCAGCAGCAGCAGCAGCAGCAGCAGCAGCAGCAGCAGCAGCAGCAGCAGACGCAGCAGCAGCAGCAGCAACAGCAGCAACAACAACAGCAGCAACAACAACAGCAGCAACAGCAGCAGAUGCAGCAGCUGCAGCGGCAACAUAUGCAAGCUCUCGUGCAGCAGCAGCUGCUGCAGAGGAAGAAGCAGCAGCAGCAGCAGCAGCAGCAGCAACAGCUGCAACAGCAGCAGCAACAUCAAAUGAUGCAGGAGCGUCAGCUAGAGGCGAAGCAGAUCAACUCCGCGCCGACCGCCCCUGCUGCGUCACCUCCGCCAGGGUCGCGGAACAGGCAGUUUAUCCGAUCCUACUCGCUCCACACGGACGCUCAGUCGCCGGUGUUCCCGCGUGUGGUGAGAGCCCCCACCCGCGGCAACACGAAUCACACCGGCGCUCCUUCUGCUGCCGCUGCUGCUGCUCUCUCCGACCGCGACCUGAAUUUUCACCUGAGCCAGCUGGCGAACCGGAGGAUCGCGCAGGAGAUCGCGCAGUCCAGGCGGACAGGGGGAGGGGGAGCAGCUGGUGAAGCAGGGGGAGGAGGGGUGAGCAACGCGGGGGGGGUUGGCCGGAGGGGGGUAGGCUCCCCGAUGGUUCUCGAGGCGUCGCAGAAAGGCAGCAGAGGGGGGAUGACCGCCGGGGGAAUGGCCAGAGGGGGAGGGGUCAGAGUGGGGAUGAAGCGGAGCUUUGGCGUAGACCCAGCAGCGGAUUUCCCAAUGGAGGGUGGUGGCAGGAGUCAGAGAACGGCUGGUGGCAGGAGUCAGAGCGCUGCUGCUGCUGCUGCUGCUGGUGAGCUGUGCAAUGGCAGCGGUAGCGGGUACGAGGUGGGGACUCCGUCUCGAGCCGCUGUGCAGGGAGUAGCUGGGGAGAAGGUUUCAGGAAAGCGGCAUGCGGGGGGGCUGACGUGUGCCAGUGAGGAGUCGCUUCGCGAGGCAGCAGCAGCCCGCGUGGGCGGAGAGGGUCCGGGUGGUGGGGUAGGCAGCGCGGGGCGUACAGGAGUAAUGGCCUGUUUUGAGAAUAAUCAGAAUGCGCGUGCGAAAGGAGGAGGUGGUGCGGGGCUGACAGGUGAGAUGGCGCAGACGGGAGAGUGCGGAGGUGUGGCAGCAGGGGUUGCAGGGGCCGGGAGCCGGGAGGCACAUGGUAGUUCCGCAGAGGCGGCUACUCUCAGCCCAGCAGAAAACUCUGCAGGAAGUCGGGAUGUUCCGGGCACGGGAGCGUGCGAAGCGACUGCUGGUGUGGGAAGAAGAGAGGUGGACGCUGCAGGAAUGUCUGCUGCUGGCUCUGCAGCAGCAGCAGCACCAGGGGGGGCAGCAGCGGCAGCAGGGCGAGGAGGAGGAGCAGCGGCAGCAGCGGAAGUGGAAGCGGUGGGUUCCGGUCCGUAUGACGUGGCAGUGGCAUCGAGCACACUGGUGGAUGCGGAUGAUGACCCAUUGGACCAAUCCGUGCAUGGCAGCAACAUGCUUCAAGCCCAUGUGAUGGAUGACGGCCAUGCGCAUGGCAUGGAUGAUUCACACACUGAGAUGGAUUAUGAAGUGCCGCUGCUAGGCGCACACGACACGAGCCGUGACGAAGAACACGAGCAGCAACAACAGCAGCAAGAGCUGCAGGCUCGUCAGCAGAGUUCAUCACUGUCCGAUCCAGAUUUCUCACGAGCCGCGGCGGCGUACAGUCGUCCAGGGGAUUCCUCCGCCGCCGCCGCCUUUGGCGGCGAUUGGCGCGGAAAGCUCGCGGCUGUCGGGCAGCGCGUGCGCGCGUCGAGCGCGGAGCUGGGGAAGCGUGUCACGGAGGCCGCGACAGCUGUCGGAAGCCGAUUGGAGGAACAGGUUUCCGUCGUUGGCGAGCGCGUUAAAGACCUAGUUUUGCCGACCACGCAGGCGGAUAUAUUAGUAGACCGCGCCACGGCAGAGGAGCUGCUCGCUCCCCAUUGGUCCACCGUCCUGCAAAUCUCGCACCUCCUUCAGAACGGCCGUGUCCCCGGUGGCGACGUCGCACGGGCCCUGCGACGUCGCCUGGCGACGCGCGAUUCGCACGUGCAGCUGCUCGCGCUGGCGGUCGCGGAGUCGGUAGUCGGAAGCGCACCGCAGGUUCUGGGGGACAUUGCGCGGGAAGGCGUGUUAGGAGACAUGGCGCGAAUGGCGGUGGAGCCUAAGACGCAGGCGCGCGUCAGGGAGAACGUUCUUAGACUGAUCGAGGCGUGGGCUGCGCCGAUGGAGGCGACGCGGUACUUCCCCGCUUUCGAAGAGACGUUUAGGGAGCUCAAGGAGAAAGGGGUGACAUUCCCUGUGGUUGCUACACCCCCUCAGCGCAUCCCCCGGCUCCUCCCCUUCGAGUCCGUUAUCGGAGAUGCUUAUAGAGGGGCGGGGCGCAUCCACAUCACCAGACCUCCCUCCGAGCUGCCGAACCAGCACCGGGAGGUCGUUGCCAUGCCUGCGGACUUCCUUGCUGGACCUAACACCCAGGGUCAGCGGACCACACCGCACGUGAGGUUCGUCAUGCCUGGUGCUGCUGGUGCUGCAGCUGCUGGUUCUGCUGGGGGAAGAAAUGACCACACACACAGGCAUCAGAAUCAUCACAAUCACCAUCAGCGGCAGCGGGAGGCAGCGGAGGAGGCAGCAUGGAUGGGUGCGGGAGAGGGAGAGGCGGAUCCCAAGACAACUUUUGCAAUGGCUAGAAACGCUGCAGAGCUGCUCACCACCAUGCUCACGUCAGCGCCUGCAAUUGAAGCUCUCAAGGACGAGGCUGUGGUGUCGCUUGCGGCCCAGUGCCGGGCGGCAAAGCGCUCCUUGCAGCGGCUGCUGCAGCAGGAGGCAGUGCUGCCAGAUGAUUCGCUGCUGUUUGACGGGCUCUCUGCUGUUGAUGACGUGGAUGCCGCCCUUGCCAGGCUGGCAGCCAUGCGGGAUGAGGUGAAGGGGGCUCAGGGGAAGAAGCAGCACAGACGGGGGAGGGGAGGGGGGAAGGGGAGGGGGAGGAGUGGGGGGGAGGGUGCUGGGGAGAGUGGGGAAGGGACAGGGGGGGUUGCGGAGUGGGUGAUGGGGUGUGGAGGAGAGGGGGUUGGUGGUGGGAGUGGAGGGGGGGGGAAUGUAGGGACCAUAGAGGAGGGUGAAGAUGAAGGGUAUGAGAGUGGAGAGGAGGAAGAGGAGGGGGAGGCAUUGGAGAGAGGGAGACGCCAUUCUUUGGAAGGAGAUGGAGAGGGUAGGGCGAGUAGUGGGGACAGAGAGGACAGGGGAACACAGGAGGAGGAGGGAAACCAGGAGGAGGGAAACACAGUCAAGGCAGGAGAAGUGAAGGAUGGGGAUAGCUCCUUUGGAGGAGAGGGGGGUGUGGUGGAAGGUGGAGGUGGGAUUGGAGCAGAAGCUGGAGCAGAGGCAGUGGAGGGGAGGGUGGCUGAUAAGAUUCGUGCUGGUGGAGUGGCGAUAGGUGAUUCUGCUGCUUCUCCUGCUGUUGAGGGUGGGGUGGCAGGGCAGACAGAAGGGAACAGCGAGGUGUAUUUCUAA